GCUGUGUCUCCCACUUAAAAACUCAUCAUGGAAACUGGCGGCAAGAAUGCUCCUGCUCCUGCGAGUCCCAACAGUGGCAGAGUUAGGUGUUUCAUACUGAUCAUGGCAAUUAUAUUCUCUGUAGCUCUAAUUGUUCUGGUAAUAUGGUUUACUAUUCAGCCGAUCAAACCUCAUUGUUCACUCGAAGAAUUUUUCAUUCCUCGUCUCAAUAAAGCUUCAAAUGACUCUCAAGCAGUGAAUUCCACAGCCAUAUCAUUGGAGCUGAGUUUCUUCAAUCGAAACAGUGAGAAGAGUAUUUACUACGAUAACCUCGAUAUGACUUUGUAUUACUAUGGUAAGAGCUUAACUUCACCGAUUGGAAAUACAUCCAUACCUAAAUUUUAUCAACAGCAUAGGCAUACAAAACAUCACGCUGAGACGAUCCAAACUUUUGGGGUACCUUGGGAGGAUGUUAAAAUGAAGGCGUCAAAUGGAAGUACUGCCAUCUUUCGAGUCGAUCUGGUAAUGAAUGUUCGGUAUAGGAAUGGGAUAUGGAAGACAAGAAGACAUGAGCUAAGGUUAGGAGUUAAUGUUACUAUCAAUGAUCAGGGGAUGAAGUCCGUGAACCAUAGUUUGAGGCUGUUGGUUUCCAGAACAACGCAAAAAGAAUAAGAUAGGCUGGCUGUCUAAUGCUUCCGUCUAGGCGUCUACCUUGGCCACAGCACUGUGUGAAUGUUGUUAAUUUAUUUGUUUUUUAUUUUACCUAAUAUUGCUUUUGUAUUCUUGGGUACAAUUUGCAUUUUCUGCACGAGAUAUAGGUUUUUUGUGGUUUUUUGUGA